AUGAUUUAGAUGCAAGACGUACAGGAAUCUAUGAUUCUGAAUUAAAUCUCGAGUGACGAAGAAGAUGACUUAGAGAGUCCUUUAGAAUUUUAGUAGACUUAAAACAAAUAACAUCGAGAGCAAUCCGUAGUUUAGACACUCAAUGAACUGUCAUUUAAUCGCAAUAUGGACAAAAGGAUGAAUGAAACGGCGGUUCUAUAAAAUCACGCUGAUGAAAUCACUUAGAAAUCAAUGAAGAAUGCAAAAGAAGCUUAUUAAAGAGAAAUAAUAAAAGAGUUGGUUUCGAAAUAGAAGAAGAGAUUUAAGGUAGAUGGAUUCAAUUUGGACUUAACUUAUAUCACUGAUAACAUAAUUGCUAUGGGAUUCCCAGCUGAAAGUUUUGAGGCUAUUUAUAGAAACCCAAUGCCAGAGGUGUAAAAAUUUUUAAAUAGUCGUCAUGCUAACAAUUAUAUGGUUAUUAACUUAUGUUCAGAGCGUAAGUACAAACACGAGUCUUUCUAUAAAGUGGCCGAGUUCCCUUUUGAUGAUCAUUAGGCCCCUCCGUUUAAUAUGAUGCUUGAGUUUUGCUAAAAGGUUCAUGAGUGGUUAACUGCAAAUUCCAAUCAUGUUGUGGCAAUACAUUGUAAGGCUGGGAAGGGAAGAACUGGAGUUAUGGUGUGUUGCUAUUUGUUAUUUAGUGGGAAAUACACUUCAAGUCAGGAUGCUUUGGCUUAUUAUGGUUUGGUUAGGACAUAGAAUAAAAAGGGUGUAACAAUUCCUAGUUAAAUUCGAUAUGUCCAUUAUUUCAGUUAUGGCUUGAAAAGUGAGUUGGUUAAGAUGCCACCCAGAAAGAUUGAGUUGGUAUCAGUUAGAUUGGUUGGCGUAUCUCAUGGAACUAUGAUCAGAGUAUAAAACAAUGAUAGCCAAUUAAUAGAAAAGGCUUCGAUUGCUUCAGAAAAGGAAAUACUAUUUGCUUUCAAUGACAUAUUUUUAUAAGGAGAUGUUCUCAUUUAAAUAUUCCACAAGUCCAUUGUCACUGAAUCCAAGAUCUUGUAGGCUUGGUUUAACACUAAUUUUGUAUCCCUUUCACCUAAGGAAUAAGUGUUCAAAGCUGAAGAGCUGGACAUGUCGAAAAAGUCAAUGAAGCAUUCUACUUAGAUUUAUAUGGAAUUACUAUUUGAUCAAGUAAUUCUCACUAGAGAAAGAUCCAAUUGCUUAUCAAAAGGCAAAUGA